AGUUUGCUUCUUUUUUUUCUCCUAUAAUUUGUGGGUGCUUGGGAAACAAUCCUACUUUUUCCUUAAAGGCUUUUCCUUUAGCUGCCAUUGUAUGCAAGAAAACCUGGGGAUGUAGUAGUUUAUUUAGCUUUCGCGUUAAAAAGGAAUCCGCAUAUUUGUUUUCCCCAAUUUUUUUUUUUUUUUUUUGCCGUAAAAAGGUGAAAUAUUCCUGGGAAAUCCGUUGUGCUUAUCCCUUUGGAGAGUUUUUCUGUCGUCUCUCCGGAUGAUUUGAGUUAACUGGUAUUGCUGCAUCCUUAAGGAGCAUCAUGAAUGUUUCUACAGUGCCCCCCCUUUGGAAAUAGUUCUCACACGGGAAACCUUUGUGUGUGGAGCAAAAAUGGGAGAUGGCGCCGAAGUUGAUGACCGGGUUGACCUGGAUGAAGACAAUUACAUGGAAGAAAUCGAUGAUGAAAUCGAAGAGCAGCUGGACGAGGAUGCAGGAGAUGGGGCUGAUGAAGAUAAUGCUGAUGAUGAUCCUGAAGAAAUUGAGGACUCCAAAGAUGGGGUUGCUGGAGAGGACCAAUCCCCGGACAUAGACAGUAGUCAUGCUGCGCCCAAUCCCGUCGAGGAUGAAGAAAGGCUGGCUGUGUCCUUGAGUGCCGAGGAGAAAGAGAAGCAUGCUCAAAUUCUUGCCCUUCCUCCUCAUGGAAGUGAGGUUUUUAUUGGAGGCCUCCCGCGGGAUAUUUUGGAAGAAGAAUUAAGAGAUCUUUGUGAACCAAUUGGAGAAAUUUAUGAGAUUAGGUUAAUGAAGGACAAGGGCACUGGUGAAAGCAAAGGUUAUGCUUUUGUAGCUUACCGGACACAGGAAAUGGCACAGAGAGCCAUUGAGGAAUUGCAUAGUAAACAGUUCAAGGGUAAAACAUUGAGAUGUUCACUGUCAGAAACUAAAAACAGGCUAUUCAUUGGUAAUGUUCCCAAGUCUUGGACAGAAGACGAGUUCAGAAAAGUCAUAGAGGAUGUUGGACCUGGGGUUGAAAACAUAGAGCUGAUAAAGGAUCCUCAAAAUCCCGGUCGUAAUCGUGGAUUCGCUUUCAUUUUGUACUACAAUACCGCAUGUGCUGACUAUUCAAGGCAAAAAAUGGCAAGUUCUAAUUUCAAGCUGGAUGGCAAUACCCCUACUGUCACAUGGGCUGAUCCAAAGAGUGCACCUGAUCACUCUGCUUCAUCUCAGGUGAAGGCUCUUUAUGUGAAGAACAUCCCUGAUAAUACCACUACUGAGCAACUUAAAGAAAUAUUCCAGCGUCAUGGAGAAGUGACAAAGGUGGUCAUGCCGCCUUCGAAAUCUGGGAGUAGCAAACGAGAUUUUGGAUUUGUUCACUAUGCUGAAAGGUCAAGUGCAUUAAAGGCUGUCAAAGAUUCUGAGAAACAUGAAAUUGAUGGACAUGUAUUGGAGGUUGUCCUUGCCAAGCCUCAGGCUGAGAAGAAAACUGAGAGCUUGAGUAUUGGGCUUCAGGCUAACCAUCUUCAAAAUCCUGGCUAUGGUGGUUUUGUUGCUAAUCCAUAUGGAUCUUUGAAUACGGGAUAUGGUGUUUCUGCCAGUUUUCAGCAGCCGGUGAUAUAUGGUAGGGGACCAAUGCCGUCGGGGAUGCAUAUGGUGCCAAUGGUUCUGCCAGAUGGUCGAAUAGGCUACGUUUUUCAACAGCCUGGUGUACAAAUGCCUCUUCCUCGGCCUCGGAGAGUUGAUCGGAACAAUGGGAGUGGUGCACAGCCAGGACGAGGGAGCAGUGGCGAUGAGGGCAGCCGAAGCAGAAGAUAUCGACCCUACUAGGAUCGCAGGCAAUGUGUUUUGUUCCUGGUGGGAUGGAUGAGAGGUUUGAGUAUUUGGAUGAAGGGAAGGCCAUGGAUGACUUAAGUUGUGUGUCCAUUUGACUUGCCAGAUGUAAGAGAGUGGCGGAGAAAAGAGUGGCUAAUGUCCUACGUCAUCCAGUUUCCUGAGGAAUCACAGUUAAUCAUUCUCGAUUGAUGUAAUAUCACUUUACUUGGUAGCGGGAUUUGUGUCUAAAAGAUCA